AGGAGAGGGAGAGGAACAGAGAAGCAUGAAAAGGGAGAAAUGGAAGGAGAUCAGAAACAGCGGAGCAGUUAAGGGAUAUUUAGAUGCAUGCUGCGCACGCCACGGAAUCAUGGGAACUCACCGGGUCAAUUAACUCCUUCAAGGAGCCGCGAGGACAGACAGAGAGACCCCGGGAGCGCAAAGGUCCUAGAUGAAGCGGUAGUACACAUGAGCUUGUGACGAGAGUACAGCCUCAAGACACGUAGAGGGGAUUUAUCUCUCGCACCAGGAGGAUGCAGGGUCUAAGCUCGCGAGCCCACGCCUUUUCAGUGGAAUCGUUGGUCGGUAAAACAGUGAAGAGGAUGAAGGUGGAUAGCGGAAAGGACGCAAGCACAACAGCAGACUUAGAGAAGGAUACCAGUCCCGUUCUGCACGAGAAAAUGGAACACGACGACCAGAGGAGGAAAGCUGGUAACACUCCGAGAAGUCCGGGAGAAACUGACUUUGAACCGGGGAUAGAGGAAAUAAGGCCCGGAAAGAGUGAUACUAAGUCGCGGAGAACGGAGAGAAGGCCGGGAGAGACUGAGCCGGGGAAAGAGGAGAGGAGGUCUAGAGAAAGUGAUUCUAACACGCGUAGAGAGGACAGUGAUAUCCGGGUAGAGCUCCAGGGGUCGGAUUUGUGGACCAGGUUUCAUGAGAUCGGAACCGAGAUGAUCAUUACCAAAGCAGGCCGGAGGAUGUUCCCCUCCGUGCGUGUGAAGGUGCGUAAUCUGGACCCUUGCCAGCAGUAUUACCUGGCCAUGGACGUCAUGCCUGUGGAUUCCAAACGAUACAGGUACGUAUAUCACAGCUCCCAGUGGAUGGUGGCGGGAAACACAGAUCACUCCUGCAUCGCGCCCCGCCUGUAUGUUCACCCGGACUCGCCCUGCGCGGGAGAGACGUGGAUGCGACAGGUGAUAAGCUUCGACCGUGUCAAGCUGACCAACAAUGAGAUGGACGACAAAGGACAUAUCAUUCUACAGUCAAUGCAUAAGUACAAGCCUCGUGUCCAUGUGAUCCAACACAACCCACAGCUCAACCUAUCACAGAUUCCCUCACUGCCUUCUGAGGGCGUAACCUCCUAUUCUUUCCCAGAGACAGAGUUCACCACCGUGACAGCCUACCAGAACCAACAGAUCACCAAGCUGAAGAUUGACAGGAACCCGUUUGCUAAGGGCUUCAGAGACCCAGGCAGGAACAGGGGGGUGUUGGAUGGCCUUCUGGAGUCCUACCCCUGGAGAAGCCCUUUCAAUCUGGAGUUAAAACCUUUUACUCUCCAACUGCAAGCAGGGACAUCUGGGUCUCCAGCUGUCUGCACUUCUCCUCUGAAGAAUGUUAUCCCUAUCUCCUGUCUUCCGUCCUCUCACCCGUUCAGCCUCUCCUCCUUCCCCUGCCCUGAUGCCGGUUUGCACUCUUUCAGCUUCCCACUUUGCUGCAAGACCUCCCCCUCCUCCCCCCUGCCAGCCAGAAUGUACCCUUCCCCUCCGGGCCUAUACCCCCUGCCUCCACUCCUCUCGGCUCUUCAGGGGAAGAAGGCUUCAGGCUGCAGAGCUCCAUGUCUUCAUGGGGGCAUUCCCAGACAACCUACUAACCUGCAGUCCCCUACCCUCCACCACCGUCACCCCACUCCCCUGGAAACAGCUCCUCCCUACUGCCUCUAUGGUCUACCCAUCAACCCUCACCUGGCAGCCAAACUGACCCAAGGCUCCACAGACUGUCUGUUACACCAAAAUCCCUGGCACACUACUAUCAACCACUGCCUCUGACAUCUGCCCUUUGAC